GUCUGUCAAAUCAUAAAAAAUUCUCAGUCCUCCUAUACAGACUGACCCGACCCGAAUCUGGCCGGUGAAGAUGGAGGUGCAAAGCAGCAACAAUGGCGGUCACUCUUCUUUCUCCAGUUUCUCCGUCUACCUUAACUCUCUCUCCGUGACGCCUUCCCGCUUAGCCCGACGCGCUAUAUCUGUUUCCACGUCUUCCGACGAGAUGAGCCGCGUCCGUGCCGUCUCCGGCGAGCAGAUGCGCCGAACUCUCCGGUGGUAUGAUCUCAUUGGACUCGGAAUCGGCGGAAUGGUCGGCGCCGGUGUCUUCGUCACCACCGGCCGUGCAAGUCGCCUCUACGCCGGUCCCUCGAUCGUCGUCUCUUACGCCAUCGCCGGCCUCUGCGCCCUACUCUCCGCUUUCUGCUACACCGAAUUCGCCGUCCAUCUCCCCGUCGCCGGCGGCGCUUUUAGCUACAUCCGUAUUACAUUCGGUGAGUUUCCUGCAUUUUUCACCGGAGCGAAUCUUAUAAUGGACUACGUAAUGUCAAACGCUGCCGUUUCGAGGAGCUUCACCGCAUACUUAGGAACCGCUUUCGGGAUCUCGACCUCGAAGUGGCGAUUCGUCGUCUCCGGUCUCCCUAACGGAUUCAACGAGAUCGAUCCCGUCGCCGUUCUCGUGGUCCUCGCAAUCACCGUCAUCAUCUGCUGCAGUACAAGAGAGAGCUCGAAGGUGAACAUGAUAAUGACUGCAUUUCACAUCGCGUUCAUAUUCUUCGUGAUCGUGAUGGGAUUCUUAAAAGGAAAUCCGAAGAAUCUAUCACUUCCAGCGAAACCAGAGCAUCCGUCGGGGUUUUUCCCUUUCGGCGCGGCGGGAGUUUUCAACGGAGCCGCCAUGGUAUACUUGAGCUACAUAGGAUACGACGCCGUUUCAACCAUGGCGGAAGAAGUACAAAAUCCGGUGAAGGAUAUUCCCGUCGGCGUCUCCGGUUCAGUCGCCAUCGUCACGGUGCUCUAUUGCCUCAUGGCCGUGUCAAUGUCAAUGCUCCUCCCAUACGAUCUGAUAGAUCCGGAGGCGCCGUUUUCUGCGGCGUUCAGAGGAUCGGACGGCUGGGAGUGGGUGACGAAAGUGGUGGGGAUAGGAGCGAGCUUUGGGAUAUUAACGUCGCUUUUGGUGGCGAUGUUAGGUCAGGCUCGGUACAUGUGCGUCAUCGGACGGUCCAGAGUGGUCCCCGUUUGGUUCGCUCAGAUUCAUCCCAACACAUCUACGCCAGUCAACGCCUCCACUUUUCUUGGCAUUUUCACGGCGGCUCUUGCGCUCUUCACCGACCUAAACGUCCUCCUAAACCUCGUCUCCAUCGGAACACUAUUCGUCUUCUACAUGGUCGCAAACGCUCUCAUUUUCAGGCGUUACGUCCCGAUCGGACCCACCAAGCCAUGGCCCACACUCUCUUUCCUCACACUAUUCUCCAUUACCUCUCUCGUUUUCACCCUCAUCUGGAAACUUGCGCCACAAGGCAACCUUAAGGCUUUCAUGCUCGGUUCCUGUGCGGUGGUGGCUAUAGCGAUCGUGCUGAUUUUCCAUUGCGUGGUCCCUCAGGCGAAUAAACCGGAGUUAUGGGGUGUCCCGUUCAUGCCGUGGACCCCGUGCGUGUCGAUUUUCUUGAACAUAUUCUUGCUCGGUUCGUUAGACGCACCGUCGUACGUCCGGUUUGGUUUCUUCUCCGGUUUGAUCGUGCUUGUGUAUUUGUUUUAUGGUGUACAUGCGAGCUCUGACGCUGAAGCGAAUGGGUCUUUUGGUGUGAAAGAUGGCCAUGUCUUGAAAGAACUAACAGAAGUGUAACAACUAAAAAGUAAUUAGUUUGAUUUUUUAAAAAUUAGCUUCUGUAAUUAUUAAACUCUCUAAUUUUAUUAAGGAGGGGCGGAAAUAAUUAAAAAAGCUAUUUAAUAUAACUUUAGGGAGCAUAGCUUAUCUAAACUCUCUCAAUUUUUAAGUGGGGACUUAAAGAAUG